AUGGCUCAGCUCCAGGCACGCUUCUACACUGACAACAAGAAAUAUGCGGUAGAUGAUGUUCCAUUUUCAAUCCCUGCAGCCUCAGAAAUUGUUGACCUUAGUAACAUCAUUAAUAAAUUGUUGGAGGCCAAAAAUGAGUUCCACAAACAUGUGGAGUUUGAUUUCCUUGUCAAGGGCCAGUUUCUACGAAUGCCCUUGGUCAAGCAUAUGGAACUGGAAAACAUCUCAUCAGAAGAGGUCGUGGAACUAGAAUACGUGGAGAAGUACACUGCGCCUCAGCCUGAGCAAUGCAUGUUUCACGAUGACUGGAUCAGUUCAGUUACAGGGGCAGAGGAAUGGAUUUUAACUGGCUCUUACGAUAAGACUUCUCGAAUCUGGUCCUUGGAAGGAAAGUCAAUAAUGACAAUCGUAGGACAUACAGAUGUUGUAAAAGAUGUGGCCUGGGUGAAAAAAGAUAGUUUAUCUUGCUUACUACUGAGUGCUUCUAUGGAUCAAACGAUUCUCCUAUGGGAGUGGAAUAUAGAGAGAAACAAAAUGAAAGCCCUGCACUGCUGCAGAGGCCAUGCUGGGAGUGUGGAUUCUAUAGCUGUGGAUAGCACAGGAACUAAAUUUUGCAGCGGCUCCUGGGAUAAGAUGCUAAAGAUCUGGUCUACAGUCCCUACAGAUGAAGAAGACGAAAUGGAGGAAUCCAUAAACCGACCCAGAAAGAAACAGAAAACAGAGCAGUUGGGACUAACAAGGACUCCCAUGGUGACCCUCUCUGGCCAUAAAGAAGCAAUUUCUUCAGUUCUAUGGUCAGAUGCUGAAGAAGUUUGCAGUGCAUCUUGGGACCACACAAUUAAAGUGUGGGAUGUUGAAACUGGCAGUCUUAAGUCAACUUUGACUGGAAAUAAGGUUUUUAAUUGUAUCUCCUACUCAUCACUUUGUAAACGUUUAGCGUCUGGGAGCACAGAUAGGCAUAUCAGACUGUGGGAUCCCCGAACUAAAGAUGGAUCUUUGGUGUCACUGUCCCUAACAUCACACACUGGCUGGGUCACAUCAGUAAAGUGGUCUCCUACUCAUGAACAACAACUAAUCUCAGGUUCUUUAGAUAACUUUGUCAAACUGUGGGAUACAAGAAGCUGUAAAGCUCCUCUCUAUGAUCUGGCUGCUCAUGAAGACAAAGUUCUGGGUGUAGACUGGACAGAUACAGGGUUACUUCUGAGUGGAGGAGCAGACAAUAAAUUGUAUUCCUACAGAUACUCACCCACUACUUCCCAUGUGGGGGCAUGA